UCCGCUUGCCGCCAAAUGGAAACCGUUAGCGAAGCAAUUCCCGUGGCAUAAACAGUGCGGAAGUUUAGUGCAACUGCAACUGCUCGCGAUUGUUCAACGUGUGUGGCGGACUUUUUUUCUUCUCGGUUCGAGCUCCCUGCAAUUCGCGCGAUUUCGACGCCAUGCAGUUGGAGCAAAUUGACUGUUGAUUGAACACCACGGGAAAGGAAAGAGGAUUAAACGGCUUAACAAUGCACUCAAAUCUGUGGAUAUUUAUUUGGCGCCGGAAACUUUCCUUCCUGCUUGUCGUGUCUGGCCUGGUACUUCUCGGCCUCUGGACCUGGGCCAUACUAAUCGAUACAACAGCCGCCGCACAGCCUCCAGCCGCCUCCUCCAGUUCUGAGCGCCUGCAGCAACAGCAGCAGCAGUCCGCCGGUUACCAGCAGGUGCACAUCAUCCAGAAGCUGAUUGCCCAGGCCAACCGGGUGCUGAGAGCCGACCGUCUGAGGGACAACGCCGUCGAGAAGUCGCCCUCGCCAGUCCAGCGUUUGGGUAACGUGCGCUUCCUGCGGCCCACGCAGGCCAAGAAGGCCCCGCUGCCCAUGUCCGAGAGCUAUCUAUUCGAGCAGGAGCGCCUCAAGAUCCUCGAGCAACAGCAGCGACAAAAGAACGCCGGCAUGGAGGAACUGAAUGCCAAUGCCGAAGAUGAGCGAAUGCUCAGUUCGGCAGAGCGACAGACGCAGUACGAGCACGAGCUCCAGCGGAUGGGGGUGCCGGUGGUGGCCGGGAUCGGGCCAGAUGGUCCUAGGGCUCCCGCCGAGCGUCUUGUGCAUCUGGACCUCAAGGGAGCCCCGCCCAAGCUGAGUUUCCUCAAGCAACUGCUGCCCAUGCUGCGGGCGCUGGGAGCCACGGGUCUGCUCAUCGAGUACGAGGACAUGUUCCCCUACAGCGGUGUCCUGCAGCCACUCGCGGCGCACAAUGCCUAUAAAGAGGACGAACUGAAGGACUUCCUCGAGAGCGCUGCCCUACAUGGUCUGAGCGUGAUGCCCCUUGUCCAAACCUUUGGGCACAUGGAAUACGUCCUCAAAUUAUCCGGCUUCGAGCAACUGCGCGAGCUGGCGCUUAGUCCACAGUCGAUCUGCCCCAGCCAACCGCAGAGUAUGGCGCUCCUGGAGCAGAUGCUAACUCAAGUGAUUGAGCUGCAUUCGCAGUGCUUGGGCCAGGCUACGCCAGCGUCUGCCGUUCCCUCGGCACCCAUUCGUUUCACCCACAUCCAUAUUGGAUGCGACGAGGUGCAGCGCAUGGGCGAGUGCACCACCUGUCGCCAGAGAAUGCGCAGUGAGCUCUUCCUCUCGCACGUGGUCAGCCUGGCGCACUUUAUCCGCCGCCAGUGGCCACAUUUGGGUGUCAUCAUCUGGGACGACCAGUUGCGAUCGAUGUCCCUCAGCGAGCUGCAGCACUCGCAGGUGGGCAGCUACGUGGAGCCCAUGGUGUGGGUGUAUGCCAGCGAUAUCUACCGAUUCAUCCAGCCACAGCUGUGGGAUACCUACGCCAAGGUCUUUCCCAGCGCCUGGACGGCUUCCGCUUUUAAGGGAGCCUUUGGCGAAAGCUUGUUGGUGCCGCCGCUGCAGCAUCAUCUGGAGAAUAACAUUCGCUGGCUGGCGGUGAUUGCCAAGGAGGGCGGACGAUUCUCCAAGGGAUUGAGGGGUAUUGCCCUGACCGGAUGGCAGCGGUACGAUCACUUCGCUGUGCUUUGUGAACUCCUGCCCGUGGGCAUUCCCAGCCUGAUGACGUCGCUGUCCACCGUUUCCAAGGGCUACUUCAGCACAAAUCCGCGGGACAAUGAAUUGCUGCGCGUGCUGCAGUGCGUUUUCCAGCCGGACAGCCGACGAUCAGGUCGUCCCUGGCUGGAACUGCAUCCGAAUGCCCAUCACAGCCAGCUAUUCGCCGUCUGCAACUAUCCGGGUCACAUGGUUUUCAAGUUCGCCCUGCGCCUUUUCGACAAGCUGGCCGAGAUGGGACUCUAUCUGCAGCAGACCCGCGAACAAAGCGCCUGGCUCUCCGACUACAAUGUGCGGCACAACUUCAGUUCGCCGUUGAGAGUGCGGGAACUGACCGCCAGGACGCCAAUGCUGAUCGAGGAGCUGCGUGCCAUGGCGCGGGAGGCACAGCAGCUGCUGUGGGAGGUGUACGAUGAGUACACGGUGACGGAGUUUGUGGAGCAGCACAUUUAUCCCACCAUCGAGGCAUUGCAGCGGCAGCUGGCCAGAGCGGAGAUGCUGCUCCAAAGGCGCACCUGGCCACAAAGACCACUUCCGCUGCAAUUAAAGGUACAGGAGGACAUGGGACUUGUGACGCAUCAGCAGCAACCAUGAAAUGGCUAGCCAAAUUAGGCCAAAUUGGACUACGUAUGAUUUUAUUUGCUUUGAUGGACUGAUCCAAAAUCGACUGGCAUUUCUGGCUAUGGAUCUUAAUCUACUCGCAUAGUGAUGGCGUUCGAAACGCCCAAGCCCGGCACGGCUA